AUGAGUGUUAAAUCCAACAAAAUUUGUGGCGUUUGCGGUGAUAAAGCAAAUAUCCGAAAUUACGGGGCAUUAACAUGCGAGCCCUGUAAGGCAUUUUUCCGGAGAUAUGCGUUUAGAUCCGAGUCUAUCAAAUGUUCAUCAAAUGGCGGGUGUCUUAUAAACCUCAUGACGAGGGGUUUCUGUAAGAAAUGCAGAAUUGAUAAGUGUUUGGCUAUUGGAAUGAGAAAGGAAAUCAUUAGGACUGCAGAGGAAAAACUGAGACAAAGGCUAUUGAUUGAAGAAAAUCGUCUUAAGAAACAAAAACUCAAUGAUUGUUCAGAUUCUGUGAACUCGACCACCGAUUCCCUGAUUAUUAAUUCAAAUGAUUCUCAAUCUAUAGUCAAAACUGACUUUAUUGUGGAAUUAUUUGUUCUUGACCUGCAAGAGCUGGAUGAAAUCACAAAAACUGAUCACACGGUUAAGACACUCGUGCAAUACCUAAAGGGAUUGAACGGAUUUACUGGAAUGUGCUCUGAAGACCAGUUAAUAUUAGUUACCGGUGCUUACCAUGAGCUCAUUGCAAUACUGCUAUUCGAUCCAAACCGACCUAAUAUAACACAUCAACAAACUAUAAGACUCGAACAGCAACUAUACAUAUAUUUACUGCAAAGAUAUCUAGUAAUGAAAUAUGGAUUGGAAUGGGAGUCAAGACUUCAGAAACUGAUGAUCACAUUAAGGGACUUACAAGUGAUGAUUGAAUUGAGGAGGAUAUACCAAUACACCAGAAACUUUGGGGCAUUAACUUGUGGACCAUGCAAGGCUUUUUAUAGGAGAUAUGCAUUAAAACCAGAGGAAUUUGUCAGAAAUACAGAGGAAAAUGAAAGGAUGAAGCAUUUGAUUGAAGAAAAUAAACGCAAGAGAAAAGAAUGCAAUGAAUGUACAGAUUCUGUGGACUCGACAACCAGUCCAUCAAAUCUAUCAUCAGAUGAAUCGCAAGAUUAG